AUGCAAGUUGGAGCCAGCAGAGAAUCUGCUAGUUCUAGUUCCAACACCGCCACCCUCCCGGUUCUAACCAUCUCAGACACCGACUCCGACGACUACGAAAAUCUCGUCAAGAACUCAGCUUCCCAGUUCGACAUCCGGUGGCUGGUGAGCGAGCUGGACCCGAUUACGCUGAACUACACGUCCGGCACGACGUCGAGGCCCAAGGGCGUGGUCUACAACCACCGCGGCGCGUACCUCAACACCAUCGCCACGGUCCUCGCGUACGACAUCACCACCGUGCCGACGUGCCUGUGGACCGUGCCGAUGUUCCACUGCAACGGCUGGAACCUGCCGUGGGGCGUCGCCAUGCAGGGCGGCACCAACGUCUGCCUCCGCCACUUCACGGCGAAGGUCAUCUUCGACAGCAUCGCGCGGCACAAGGUGACGCAUAUGGGCGGGCUAUGA